AUGAACGCCCGCGUCGUCGCGCUCCUCUGCGCGCUCGUCGCGCUGCUCUCCCUCGCGUCCGUCCCCGUCGCCGUCCGCGCGGACGACGACGGCGUCGACAACGACGACGACGACGCCGACGCGAUGAGAUCUUCUUCCGUCGCGUCAUCGUCGUCGCGCCUCCCGCGCGUGUCGCUCUCCAAACGCGUCGUCGACGCGCGCGCGGUGCACGCGCGCGUCGUGGCGACGCGCGCGAACGAGGCGAACGCGAGGUUGAACUCGAUGUACGGCGCGGACGCGGACGCGCGCGUGAGCAUCACGAACUACAUGGACGCGCAGUACUUCGGCGCGGUCUCCAUCGGAACGCCGCCGCAAUCGUUCGACGUCGUCUUCGACACGGGCUCUUCCAACCUCUGGGUCCCGUCUUCCAAGUGCAAGUUCACGCAGAUCCCGUGCGAUCUACACCACAAGUACGACGCGAAGGCGUCGUCCACGCACGCGCAGAACGGCACGGACUUCGCGAUACAGUACGGCAGCGGCUCUCUCAGCGGGUUCUUAUCCGCGGACGUCGUCGGGUGGGGCGGCCUCGAGAUCGCUUCGCAGACGUUCGCCGAGGCGACGCGCGAGCCGGGCCUCGCGUUCAUGUUCGCGAAAUUCGACGGCAUCCUCGGGAUGGGUUGGGACACCAUCUCCGUGGAUAAGGUGGUCCCGCCGUUCUACAACGCUUACGCGCAGGGGUUGGUUCCGGACGACGUCUUCUCGUUCUGGCUGAACAGGGACGAGUCGCAUCCCGACGGCCCCGGCGGCGAGCUCGUCCUCGGCGGCGUCGACCCCGCGCACUACGUCGGCGAGCACGCGUGGCUCCCGGUCACGCGCGAGGGGUACUGGCAGGUGCGAAUGGACGACGUGAUCGUCGACGGGGCGUCCGCCGGCGAGUGCGACGAGACGGACGGAUGCGCCGCAAUUUUGGACACGGGGACGUCGCUCCUCGCGGGCCCGAAGGACGUGAUCGAGAAGAUCAACGCGAAGAUCGGCGCGCGGCCGAUACUGAACGAGGAGUGCAGGGUCAUGAUCGAGCAGUACGGCGAAGAGUUAAUCGACGACGUGAAAAAGUUUGGCCCCAAGGCGAUUUGCGUCUCCGCCGGGUUGUGCCACGAGAAGACGGAACGUCAACCGCCGCAGCGGCCGGCCUCCUCCUCCCCGUUCGAUAUUCUCGGGCGGCUCGCGAAGAAGUCGCGCGCGCGCGCGUCCGUAACGCGGCGCGUGCUCGAGGGCAGACGCGGACGCCUCUGGGCCGACGCCGCCGCCGACGCCGACGCCGCGUCGCAGCCGGCGUCGUGCCGCGCGUGCGAGAUGGCGGUCGCGUACGCGCAGUCGCUCAUCAAAACGAACGUCACUCGAGCGUUAAUACUGAACGAGCUCAAAUCCCUGUGCGAUCACAUCCCGUCGAAGGGCGGCGAAGCGGUGAGACGACUCCCCGUUCGACCCUCGUUCGUGCGUCACGUUUCACUGACCGACACGCGCGCACCCGACUCGUCGUCGAAGGGCGUGGACUGCGACGCCGUGGACGCCAUGCCGGACGUCUCGUUCGUCUUGGGCGGAAAGGCGUGGACGCUGACCCCGCGGCAAUACGUCUUACGCGUCACCUCCGGCGGCGGCGGCGACGACGACGACGAAACUGAACGCGAACGCGCGGACGAGGAGGACGCGGACGCGAUGGACGAAGAAGGCAGGGGCCGCCACCACCACCACCAUAAGCGCCCGAGGCCGCCGACGCACGCGCCGCCCGAACCGCCGAAGCCGAAGCCGAAGCCGAGCGCGGAGCAAUGCGUGAGCGGGUUCAUGGGUUUGGACGUGCCGCCGCCGGCGGGGCCGCUGUGGAUACUCGGCGACGUCUUCAUCGGGCCGUAUCACACGGUGUUCGAUCACGGGAACGCGCGCGUCGGGAUCGCGGAGGCGCGGUGA